GUGGAAUUGUUUCUUGUUUAUGAUUCAACUUAAAUGUAUAUGAUUUAAGGGCUGUGUUUAUUAAUUGAGCCCAUGAAUGAAUGGGUCUAAGAUUUGCCUCGCUGAGGCAUUCAAAUGUUGUCAUGGCUCCUGCUUUGACAGAAACUGUUCAAUCCCAGAGCUUCAAGUUCGCUACCUCCCCAUCUCGGUCUCCCUCCCUUUCAUUGAAGAAUCAUCAAAAGAAAACAGAAAUAAUUAGUGAAGAACUGGAACCCAAAUUGACAAAUGGUUUGAAAUUCAUUGCUGGCAUGAACGGACACUCCCCAUCUAACAAUAAAACAACAUAUUCUAUUAAUGGUUUAGCCAAGAAUCUGAAAAAUGAAUUCCUACCUCUCAACAGAAAAAAGGAUGUGAUAAAAGAUGAGGCAGGGAGUAGGGCAGAUUCUAACUAUUCUAUUACCCAGAUAGGUGGUUAUAUGAUGAAUAGUGGUUUUAUGGGAGAUCCAGACAUGGGGUUAAGGAAGUCUAAUAAAGAGUUAAAUGAUGGAGAUAAAGUGUCGCCUGAUGUUGAUCAAUUUAUUAAAAAUUUAAGUGUUGUUAUGAAUAGUGAAGAGUUGGGAACAAACCCCGAACUUAAUCAGAAUGUUGAAGAGAUAUUCAAAGUUAUUUCGAACCUUGACAAUAAUACUAGUGAGUUAGUUUCUGGUCCAUCAGGAGAAAAUGAACCUAUGUUUUCUGAUAUGGGAGGUCUGACUAAUUUUGAAAGAGAUUUGUUUAAUGAAGUGGAUAUGAUGAAUAUGUGUGUUGAUGAAUCACUAGUGACUGUGAACAAAGAUGCUCUUAUCCGUGAGAGGAUCGAAGAAUUUCGAAAACGUAAAUUUUUAUUAUUACGAAGAAUAGAAUUUCUUGUUCGAAGACUAAAGAAAACAAAGGCACAUUUAUUAGGUAGGCAUGCAUCGGAGGAAAUUACAGGUGUUUUAGAAUAUUCUUCUAAUAUAUUGGAGGCAUCUACACGACUCAGGGUUUAUUCUUCAGGUGAUAGUGAUAAGAAUGUUAAAUGUGAUGUGAAGCCUGUUUCAUUUGCUGGAUUAUCUUUGUUUAUGCGGCAAAUGGAUCAUGCUGUAAACCAACAGACCAACACGGUGGCUCGAAAUUCUAUUAGGCAGUGUAAAUAUUUUGGUUCUGGUUCAUCAUCCAGUAGCUUGGUAACAACAUCCAAUGGUGUCAGGUCAUCCCUUCCGGGUUCGAUUCUCCCUUCUUUCCCAUCUGAUGUAAAACAAGAACUUUCUACAACUUAUGGAGAACUUCAUUCUCAGCUUGUAAAAUUGCAGCAAGAUAUUGAUUCUGAUGUAACUGAAAGCAGUUCUGGAUGUGAAAGUUGUGAUGAAUUUAUAGCAUACAACAAUGUUCAUCAGCAUCCUCUAUCCAUAAGCAAACGUGCAAGCUGGAAAUGGGCGGAAGAACGAGCAUUGAUUGCCGCGAAGUGGACUUGGUUGCAAUCGCAAAUAGCAGAUCUCGAGUAUCGUAUUCGUCAACAUACGGACAUCCGGCGCCAAGUCCGAUCAUCCAAAGGAAGUCUUAAGUUCCAGGAAGAGCAAACGUCUCAUAACCUUCCAAAUGGAUGUAACAGCGAAAAAGGGGAAGGUAGCUGUAGUAGGACACGUGGAUUAGUUUCUAGUUCGUUUGGUAAGCGUCGAAUUUUACAACUUAGUGGACUUCAUCGAACCAGUAAAAAAGCCGCUCGAAAUGCUGGCCUUCGUUGUUCCUGUAACACAAGCCUUCCAGGAUGUGGGCUCUGUACUAGUCGUUCUGAACCAGGCCAACCAGCAGAACCUCUUUCUACUCUACCCGUUUCUCAAAGAGUAGCCUAUCUCGAUCCAGGGUUCCACCCAGUGCUCUCCUUCGCUCAUGAUGUUUCAGCAAGUGUACAUUAUAAUGCAGUAAUGAAGUGUUCAGAUUGGCAAAAUCGUGCAAGUCGGAUACAGGGCAAGCCAUCAGUCCCAGGUGAAGAAAAAUCUAGAGGAGGAAGGCCUGCUGGAAAUAAUGAGCAUCAUGUUGUGGAUCUGCAAAGAAGUAAAGCAGCUGCUCUUGCUGUAUCAGUCAAGCUUCGUAGAAAAAUCGUAAGAGGUAGAAGAAGGAGAAGGAAUGCUAGCUUAAAUUUAGAAGGUUUCCGGCAAAGGCGAAAACAUUCAACUGGUUUAAGCAGCAUUGACAGUGAAGAAGGCUUGGAGCAGGAUGCUGAGCAAGGUGGUAGUGUUCGAUAUCCAUCACCUUCUCCGUCUCCAGCUACUACUCAACACACUGCAACUCCUAUUUCUAAAGAUAAGGAAACUAUAAAGAGGAAAAGGGAGAAUUCUUAUGAUAUCGAUAACAUUGUGAUUCCAUACAGUAUGGCUUCUGCUACGAGGUUAGAGAAACUCAACUACAAAGAAAUCCUCACACCUAAGUGGAGAAGAAUCAUUAAAAUGGAACGUCGGGAUAGUAAUUCAGAUCAAAAGAAUGGUAUCAUCCGAAGAUCUAGUCAUGACAUUGAAGGUGAAGAGGAUAUCAGCGAUGAAGCUGCAAUAGCUAGGCAUGAACGGUGUGAGGUUGAUGAAAAGAAAAAAUUUUUGAGUUACCUGAAACUACCUAACAGUGGCAUGGGCCGAGGUCGUGGUCAGCGACGAACUGAUUCUCGAGCAGAUUCUAGUGGUCCUAAUACACCUGAUGGCAUGUCACCGAGGGAAGAUAAUACAGCUGUUGCAGAAGAAUCUCUUGCAAGUCCACCUCCAACGCCAUCGGAGAUUGAAACUGGCAGAAAGCGAACGAUUAGUAGCUCUCAACCACCACAGUUACCUGAGGUUUCACCUUACGAACCACGAGUGUUUCCUUUGAGUGAUGAAACUUAUAGAAAGAUGCUGGAAGAGAGCAAAGAAAGCCAACACUAUCCUGUUACCAACUCGACGUUAGAAGAGAAUCCUCCUGCACCUAGGUCCCCAGGAAGUGUAUCUACCGAUUCAGCUGACUCGUUUCUCGGAGAAGACCCUAACGAUCCUGAAUGGACGACUGUGGAUAGAUCAAACUGCAAAAGAUAAAACUUCUUUUUUGGAACCUGUAAACUUUGGGUUCUAUAUAUUUUAAUGUGCAUGUUAUGUUCUAGCAUAACAAAUUACCAAAGGAUUAAUUCAUAGUUAGAAUAUUGUAUGUAAUUCUAUUCUUGAAGCUGUAUAUAAAAGACAUGUGGAUAUAUUUUUUGAAUGUUCUUUCUGUUAAUUUUCUUUUCAUUUCUUUUUUUAAUUGUUUAUAAAAUAAUAAACUAUGUAUGUAUGUAUAUGGAUGUAUAUAAAUAUAUAUUGUGUAAAUUUUCGCUUUACAUGUUUUAAAUAUAUUUCUAUAUAAAUUGAUUUAGUUUUAUGUGAAUAUUUUUGUUUAUAAUAUACAUAAGUGGCAGGGUCUGUAAUUAUUUUUAAGAUCCUGUUGGUCUUUAAUUUUCUUUAUAAAUUAUGGAUGAAUAUAUUGAUAAAAUAGAGAGAAAGGAUGGUGGGGAAAAAUAUAAGUGCAAUUGAUACAAUAUAGGCCUAUUUAUUAUGAAACUUGUGAAGCGAAAAUUGAAUCAGAAUGUUAUUCCAUCUUGUCUUUGACUGUGGUAUUUAAUGCUUUUAAGUAAAUAAACGGAAUAGGUGCUCUACGAUUCUUAAUUUUGGAAAUUCUUCCUCGAGUGUUUAAAUAAGUUUUUUCUCAAAACACCAGUUGAUUGAUUUUUUUUUAUGUGAUAAAUUAAUGUUAAAUAUGAAAUAUAAUUUGUCAGUAUAAUAUAUGUAUAUUUUUAACGCAUAUCUACAUUUUUAUUGAUUAUAGAUAUUGCUCUUAUCUUAAAUUUGUUCUGUUUAUUUCCAUUUCAACUUGAUAUGACUCAGUAUUCCUACUUAAUUUAUACUGUUAAAAAAAUUAUUGUAAUUUUUUUAAUUUAUUUUUUUUUUUAGUUAGUUUCGAUGUAGUGUUUCCAUUUAUUUAGUAAUUUUAAUAUAUAUUUUAUUUUUUUUUGCUUCUCUAAUAUACAUAUUCUGGACAAAUAAUCUGGUGUUAUGAGGUGUAUGUUACAUUAUUGCCUUAAUGGUUUCUGCAUUGUCUGUUUUACAUAAAGUUAUUAAAUAUAAGUUGAUUGUCUAGUAAGAAAAAAAUUAAAUUUCUUUUUUUUAUUAUUUGGAAAAGCAAAAACUAGAAAAAAUAAAUAUAUAUACUCUCUAUUUAUAAAUAUAUAUAUAUUAUAUACAUUUAUAGAUAUUUCCUGUGAUUAAGAGGAAAUUUAUGUUAAAGUUGUACUCUUUAUAAGAGCUUUAUAUGGUGUAAAUAUUAGUCCUUUCUCUGAGUGAAUGUGCACUGCUGCAACGGCUUCGUUUCAGUGAAGUUGUGCUUGUAAAUAAAAUUAAAAUCCAUUCCUAGUGCAGUUGUAAAGAAGAAAAAAAAAGUGAUAGUUAUAAAGUUGACUGCUAAGUGACAGUUAACUGUUAGUGAUUUUAAAUGUAGAAUUUUUGUAUGUACCGUCAAACACUGUUACGCUUAAAAUUAAAAUAAUAAAAAAAAUUUAAAAAAAAAAAAACAUUAAAAAUGUUACAUGGGAUUAUCAAUCUUUCAAAUUCAGUUAUUUUUUUUGGAAAUAAUUCCAUGUUUCUUAUCAAAUCCUAAUAAAGAAGAGAAAAUAGAUCAUUAUCUCACUCAA